AACAAACCAGACACCCUUCAAGCUUGGUUCCAUUCCUUUAAAGCUUUCGCCCACCAUGUCAUUCUUGAGAAUUUGGGUUUACGUUUGCUGCUAAGUGAAUUAGCUAAUACAUCUGACGAAGCAUCAAGUUGUCAACGUAGGUUUUCAUUGUACAGUUUAAGCAACGAAGAAGAACCGAAGAAGAAAUAAUGAGCAACUCUACCUCACUUGUCAAUACUCGUUGCUUUGGAUCUGAACACCAUAGCCCCGCGCUAAAUGCAAAUAUAGUACGGACACACAGCCUAUUGGAUUUGGCUUCAGAACAGUUGAUGGUUCUCAGAGAUUUCCGUAAUGCACUUGACACAUGUGAGAGAGGUUUGGAGAGUCUUACAGAUAACGAUGGUGAGCAAGAGGACUGCAGGUAUGCAGAGUUUAAGGCAGCACUCUGCAUUUUGGGUAUACAAGCUUUGGCUGAACUUAAUCAGUGGCGUGGGGUACUUCAAUGGAUUAUCCAGCAAUACGAGUACCCUGAGAAAAUACCUGCCAAAAUAAUGCAGAUGUGCAUUCUUCUUUACACCAAAGUGGGUGAACAAGCCAUGGUCCAAGAGGCAGGUAGAAGUUGGCUCCACUACCCAUCCAACAGAAGUCAAACUGGGUUCAGGACAGUAGCAGAGCUGUACCUGCUGCAUGUCCUUAUGCCCUUGGGCCUCCUGGAAGAGGCUCGGGACAUGAUCCUGGGAGAGGUGGGUAGUGAUGCCUUCACAGACGACCAGAAACAAACAGCGCUGGAUAUUGUGGAAGAUAAAAAGAAUCAAAGUCCUGCACAACCCCCUGGCCCUCAUUGUGGCUCUAGCCCAGAUGUGACAGCAAGACUUGCUACGCCUCAAGGGUCUGUGGUUCAGAAGCUUAAAGCCAUGCUGCGGUUUCUGUGUAGAAGGAUGUCCGUGGCUACUGUUGGGUCAAUCCCUCUACGAAGAGUCUUUCUGGCUUUCAUCCUUCUCUACAUGCUUUUUGUCAGGAUAGAUCCAGCUCUUCAGUCAUCUUUUCCUUGGAUUUCAAAGCUGUUGCAAAUACUGAAGCACAUGUGGAAUGUCAUGUUUGCACCUUACUACCGGACACGUGCACAGAGCAAACAACUUUAAAAUACUCAACUUGCACUGGGAUAUCCUGCAAAAACGGACAAGAAAUUGUGAAUUGAUUGCAUUCAUGCUUAAAAUCAAUAAGGUGCUUAUUUCUGAAAGGAUAUAUCCACCAUAAUUCAAAGAAAUCAGUAAAAGAUGGUAAAUGAAAACUAAAAAUAUUCAUGAUAACAAAUAGAUUGUUAUGGUUUAUUUAUUUGUACAUGUACAUUACAUUUAACCAACCUUACUUUUGCACCAUAGGCUAUGCAAUACCAGCCUUUGUUAUGAAGAUCAUGGAGCAUAAGUUUGGGUAGCUGUAAACAAAUUAAUUGAUAACGAGGCUGGGUUAUCAAUUAUUACAAUAAGAGAGACUGUGUCGACGACUUGUGUUUAAUGUUUCACGAUUGCUGAACUAAUUGAAUGAUGUAUUUCUCAGAAAUGCCUAUUAUUCCAUUGUUGAAAAAAUGAAAUAGGGAUGAGAAACUGUUGCGUCUAAUCAGCGAUAUCAUGUAAUAAAGUUACACCCUCGUUCAA